AUGGAUUUGAAUCUCACCAGGUUGUCACUUUCCAAAGCCAUUGCUGCAUUUGGUCUGGAUCUUUACAAUAAGUUAAAUUCCAGUGACAUUUGCAAAAAUGUUUUUUUCUCCCCUGCAAGUAUCUCAAUUGCCCUGGGCAUGGUUUUAAUUGGUGCAAAUGGGAAUAGCAAAAUGCAGAUUGAAAAGGAAGGGGCAAUUUAUUCAGAGUUCAAGCAAUUCCUUCUUCAGCUGAAUAACCUUGGCCAUGGUUACCAGCUGAAGCUGGCCAAUAAUUUGUUCAUGCAGGAAGGAUAUCAAUUUCUUCAGCAAUAUCUCACACGCACCAAAGAAAUCUAUGAUGCUACAGUGCAGAUAGUGAAUUUUUUGAGUGCUCCUGAAAUAACAAGGAAGACAAUUAACCUUGAAGUUUACAAGCAGACCCAAGGAAACAUUAAGGAACUUUUUGCUCCUGGUGCGAUUGGGCCACAAACUGUGCUGGUGCUGGCAAAUGCCAUCUACUUUAAAGCAACUUGGCAAUAUCAGUUUGAUCCGAAUUAUACGACUGAAAGAAAUUUUAGGCUAAAUGAGAAUGAAACUAAAUCUGUGCACAUGAUGUAUCAGAAAGGGAGAUUUAAACUGGGACACACAGAUGGAAAAAACGCCCAGAUUCUAUGCCUUCCAUAUGUUGGUGAAGUUUUGUCCAUGUUUAUAAUACUACCAAAUGACAUCAGCCACCUGGAGCAGGUUGAGGCUGCAAUGACCUGCAAGAAUUUAGCACACUGGCUUUCUCCAGAAAACCUGAGGGACCAUCAUGUGGAGAUAUAUAUACCUCGCUUCAAGCUAGAAGCCUGCUAUGAUCUCGACCUGACAUUGCAAGAACUGGGGCUAACUGACGUAUUCAGUAAAGCAAAAGCUGACCUUUUGGGAAUGUCUCCCUCCCACCAGCUCUUCUUGUCCGCAGUUGUUCACAAAACUUACGUGGACGUCAAUGAAGUAGGGACUGAAGCAGCAGCUGCAACAGGUGUUGCAGUCUCUAACAGAUCCUUAGAGCACUAUGAAUUAUUUGUGGCUGAUCGCCCCUUCCUCUUCUGCAUUCUGCACAAUCCUACCAACACUAUUCUUUUCCUGGGCAAACUCUGCUCUCCUUGA